GUUACACCACAGUCUGUCGUUUACCAUGCAUGCGAAGUCGGCUGGUGUUGUGUCCUUGACUUGCUUGAAAAAGCUUUUACCAAUUUAGCGUCCAUAACAUUACUUCAACAUGCCUGCUAGCAGGGUGUUUUGUUGUGUUCCUGUCCGAGUAGGCGCUCUCGCCAUUGCAUCUCUUCUUUGCGUUCUCUAUUUUGCUUCGAGCAUCGUCAUGUUGGUCAAAAGACAAGGUCUGAAAGACUGGGCGACAAUGGUCCAGGCAGUUGAUGUGCCGCUUACAGAUCAAGCUUUUGAUGGCGUAUACGCUGCACUGGUAGCCGUAUCGCUUACAUAUACCCUAUUGUCUGCCUAUGGUGUUGUAGCUAUAGUAUUGCGACGGCGCAAGUUGAUUCAAAUAUACCAUGUCACAAACUGGUUUUUCGUCCUUUUGAUCAUGACAGUAUCUUUAGCAUAUUGGUUCUACUUUAAAGUCAAGCGAGACGUGUACAUUAACGAUUGUCAAGAUUUACAGAACCAGGGCGUGACGCCAAAUGGUGAAAUCUAUACCCCAGUAGCCGUACCUGGGAAAAAUAUGAUUGCUGGAGGAAGUGACAAGAGCCACUGCAUCAGCCUAGUACAAACACUUGUCAUUGUUUCUGGUAUCGUUGUUUUUCUCGGGAACUUCAUCCAGUUGUAUUUAGCGAGCUGUAUCGGAACAUACGCCUCUAGUCUGAAUUGGGAGUAUUUGCAUCAGCGAUUACAAACGCAAGAUAUUGACGAGCUUGCUGAUCGCAAGGCAAGCAUCGAUAUUAGUGCGCGUACGAAUUGAUUUGUUUCGUUUUCCAAAUAUCUGAGAAUAGUUGUAAUACCGGUUACUUUUUCUUUUGAAAUACGUGUGAGAGUCAUAAAACGACAGCGGAGAUGAUGA